AAUUAUGUUAAACAUUUGUAUGUCCCUUCAUGCUUCAAUUUCUAGAUUGCACUAUCAUUUUUUUUACAGUGCAAAUAUUUGCAAUUCAAAAUAAUAAUUAGGGCUAUCACUUAAUUGCAGUUAAUGCAUGUGAUUAACUCAAACCAAAUAACUGCAUUAUUUUUUGUAACAAGAAUUAAUCGCACACCAGGGCACCAUGCUCAGGGGGAAGCUACUGUGUGUCUCCAGGGCAAGGAUGCCCCUCCUCCCACCAUGCUGCUCCACUGCUGCUCCCACCUCCUGGCCCUGCCCCGACCAAGCUGCCUGCCCACUGUCUGCUGCGCAGAGCUGGGUUCCAGGAUGGACGUGCUGAGAAGGUAUCUCAGGAGGAAGGCUCCGCAGGUGGCCCCGGAGCCAGAGGGGGGCAGCUGCCAGCAUCCCCAGACAGAGAGCUGCCCCUCCAGCCGCAUGGCAUGGGAAGCAGGCCCCGGCCACCCCAGGAGAUGGUCCUGCUCGGCCUUGCUCACCGGGAGGAAACCAGCCCCCAGGACUGGUGCCGAGCAGAGAGACACAACAUCCAGGCCGAGAUGGAGGUGGCCCAAGUUCAAUCUGGGCAGGCAGGACUCAGCCCACGGCAGGAGCCAGGCAACGCAGCUCUGGGUUUGCUUCUGCUGGAAGGCCUGCCCUCAGCCCAGCCGCGUGGGCCAGCAGGAGGCAUCCCCAGGGCAGGAGCUGGGGGAUCGCUGCCUCAGCUGCUUAACUGUUGCCGGAGAGGAGAGCAGCCACUCUCUGGAGGUUCCCUGCAACACGGAGGCUGAGUGGUCCUCCACUGCAGCAAGAGUCACCCUCUGCCCUUGUCUCUCUGAUGCAGAGACCCCCACCAACCAGUCAGAGAAGGACCUUGCCCCUGAGGAGAAGGCUGAGGAGAAUGAAGACCCAGCCGCAGGAGAGGAAGAGGAGGAAGAGCUAGAGACAGAGGAGGAGGAGAAGCAGGAAGAGCAAGUCCUGAUCACAGAAAAAGAGGAGGAGAUGGAGGACCUAGCCAUAAAAGAGGAGGAGGACUUGACCACAGAGGAAAAGGACGAGGCGGACAUAUCCGUAGAGGAGGAAAAGAAGGAGGAUGAGAACAUGUCUGCAGAAGAGGAAGAAGAGGAGGAGGAGGAGGAGAACGUGUCUGCAGAAGAGGAGGAGGAGGAGCACCUCUCCACAGAAGAGGAAGAGGACUUGACCACAGAGAAGGAGGAGGAAGAAGAAGGUAAAAGAAGAGGAAGAAGAAGGUAAAGGAAGGACGUGGCCCUGGUGGAGGAACACCUGAUCAUGGAGCAAAAGAAAGAAGAGAAGGACCUGGCCAUGGAGCAGGAAGAGGAGCACCUGCCUGUGGAGGAAGAGGAGGAGGACCUGGCCACGGUAGUGGAGCACCUGGCCAUGGAGCAGGUGGAGAGGAGGAGGACCUGGCUACAAAGGAGGAAAAGGAGGACCUGAAUUAGGAGGAGGAGAAGGAAGAGGACCUGGCAAUGGAGGAGGAUGAGGAUGUGGCCAUUCAGAAGAAAGAAGAGAAGGAAGAAGAGGUACUGGCUAUGGAGGGAAAGGAAGUGGAGGAGGAUUAGGACUUGGCCAGGGAGAAUGAGCAGGAGGAAGAGGACCUGGUCACAGAGGAGAAGGAGGAGGAUGUGGCCAUGCAGGGGGAAGAAGAGGCGGAAGAGGAGGUAGAGGACCUGGCUAUAGACUAGGAGGACCCAGGAACAGAGGAGGACGAGGAUGUGCCAAUGCAGGGGGAUGAAGAAGAGCAGGAGAUGGACCUAGCCCUGGAGGAGGAGGAGCAAGAGGACCUGGCCAGAGAGGAGGAUGAGAAGGAGGAAAAGGAGGAGGAGAACCUGUCCAGGAAGGACCUGGCCAUAGAGGAGGAAGUGGAGGAGGGGGAGGACCGGGCCAUGGGAAUGGAGCAUGUGGUCAUGGAGAAGAAAGCGGAAGAGGACGACUUGGAUGAGGAAGAGGAUGAGGAGGGCAAAGCCAAGUCCUCCUCCACCUCCAUGGCCAGUUCCUCCUUGCCCAGAUGCAUAAAUAGGGAAGUAAUGAGUAGGAGCAAGGAGGGGAUCUUACCUCUCUCUAUAGCAUUGGUGAGAGAGAUAAUGGAAUGGUGACGUCCAGUUCUGGUGUCCGUGUUUUAAAAGGAUGGUGUUAAAUUGGAGAGGGUGCAGAAAAGAGUCACACAAAUGAUCUGAGAGCUGGAGAAAAUGACCUACAGUGAGAGACUCAAAUUGUAGGUGGGUGAAAUUUAAUGGCCUGGAACAUUCAGGAGAUCAGAUGAGAUGAUCCAAUGGUACCUUCUGGCCUUAAGCUCUAUGAAACUCUAUGAACCAUCGUCUCCCCCGCUCCGAUGUGCUUCACCGCACAGAAGGGUGGCUGGGCAGCCUGGAAUGGCCCUGCUCCAAAGCGGCCCUGGCGGAGAAGACAUCAGAACUAACUGAGAGCUGCCCCAGGACUCUGGGCCCAGCUCUGUCCUCUCCAGCUCCAUGGACGGCACGUGAAACCUCCCGUACCAGAAGCUCCUGCCUGGCUCCCCCAGCUCCGGUGCUGCUCAGUCCAGAGACACUGCCUCUUCCAUGGCCAGGUUCUCCUCCACCUCCUGAACAGCCUGCGGUGAUGGGGCUCCAUCCUGCUUCCAGGAGUGGGUGAAGGUUCAGGAGCCUUCAUAUGUCUCCUCCCCUCUGAGGAGCCAAUCUUAUUUUGUAAUACACUGGAGAGGAAUUGAGACAUGACAAAAGGACAAUACACAAAACAGUCAGUGGAGGCUGUGAAGACUCUUUUUUCCAUGCCUGGAUACUGGAAGGAAUUUGCUGGCAUCCAGUUACAGCAGAGUUGAGACAUGAUAGCCUCCCGCAAUUACUACUCGCAGGGUAUUGGCUUGAUUGCAAGAGCCAUGAUCGAGUUUGAGAACCCUCAGCUCCCUGCAGUUUUCAGAGAGGCUGUCACCAUUGUCCAGAGUGAGAAGGAGGAGGAGCACAAAAAUAUUGCCAUGACUUUCUGCACUGAGUUUCUUCAGAGUGCUUCUAUUGCCACGACAGUGACAAAAUCAGACCUUUGGGCGCAGUUCAUGGAGUAGAUCAAAGACACAAAUCCCAUCAUACGCAGGCUCAGUCUACGGGGCCUUGGCAGUAUUGUGCUUCAGCCAGAAAAAGUGAAAGGCAUGGAUUGUCCGGGGGACCAAGGAAGCCGAUGUCUAUCGAAUAGCUCAGAAAUGAGAGUGAGAUCCCCACACAAGCCUUGGAGUGCCCCCACCAUGGGUGGGGAAUCUCCUGCUCAGCUACCUCCCUGUCAGAGCUCUUCUCUGCAAACCUCAGCCUCAGCGCCAUGCUCCC